CUGGCCCCGCCCACCUGGCCCAUGGAGCUUCUUUGGCCCCGCCUGCUCCCUGGUCCUCGAGCCCGGAGACGGUUGCCCUUGGAGACGGGACGCUUCAGGCUCCCUCUGAGCAUCUGUUCUCCAGCCGACCAUGGCGGACGAUGAAGAUCCCAACAGGUCCCACCCCCGCUCCCGAAGGGAGAGCGAAGACAAGCGUGGCAGCAUUCCUCGGGGCUCAGCCAGCAAUUCAGGCUACCCUUUCGCCCGCCGAGGCAGCCUGGCAGUCCCACUCCAAUAUGAGGAGGGCGAGGAGGAGGAGGAGGAGGAGGAGGAGGAAGUGGUUGAGGCUGAGAUGGAGGAAGAGCAUCGGGUGCCCUUCAUGGAGAGGCUGGACACCCAGGACUUCCAACAACUGGCCGGCAUGGCCCCGAGCCACCUCAGCAUGCCAGAGCCCUUCCCGGGGAUGGAUGCUGCCCAAUAUGGGCUCUUUGGGGCGCUGGAACACCAAGUGGGCUCCAUGUUCCAGCCCCAGCCUGUGCUGUCCUCAAGCAGCUUCCAGCUCCAAGAGGAGGGCUUCCACGGCCCCUACGCCAGGGACGAUCCCCGCUACAUGGGCUCUCAUGUGGACCCCAACUACGGGCCCUUCGACUUCGAGCUGCCGGAGCCCGACCCGCGGGAACUGAUGAUCCAGAACGCCAAGGCUUACCUGCUGAAGACCAGCGUCAAGUGUGACCUCAGCCUGUAUGAACAUCUGGUGAACUUGCUGACCAAGAUCCUGAACGAGCGGCCAGAGGACCCCCUGGCCAUCCUGGAGUCCCUGAACCGCACGGUCCAGCAGGAGUGGUUCCACAAGAAGCUGGACACCCUGAGGGACGACCCCGAGAUGCAGCCCACCUACGAGAUGGCCGAGAAGCAGAAGAACCUGUUCCUCCGAGGGGCUGGAGAGGGAGAGCAGGAGAUGGAAGAAGAGGUGACAGACAUCCCGGUGCCCAACGUCAUCGAGGCGGCCUUCUACUUCGAGCAGGCGGGCGUCGGGAUGAACUCGGACGAGACGUUCCGCAUCUUCCUGUCGCUCAAGCAGCUGGUGGAGCAGCAGCCCAUCCAGACGUGCCGCUUCUGGGGCAAGAUCCUGGGCCUCUACCGCAACUACCUGGUGGCCGAGGUGGAGUUCCGGGAGGGCGAGGAGGAGGAGGAGGAGGAGGAGACCGAGGAGAUGGUGGAGGGCGCCGCCGAGGGCAUGGAGGGCCGCCCGGAGGAGGAGGGCGAGGACGAGGAGGAGAAGGAGGUGGACGAGCCACCCAAGUCCACGUGGAAGCCGCCGCCCGUGAUCCCCCGCGAGGACAGCCGCACCGGGACCAACAAGUUCCUCUACUUCGUGUGCAACGAGCCGGGCCAGUCGUGGACCAAGCUGCCCCACGUGACGCCCACGCAGAUCGUCCACGCCCGCAAGAUCAAGAAGUUCUUCACCGGCCGCCUGGACACGCCCAUCGUCAGCUACCCGCCCUUCCCCGGCAUCGAGGCCAACUACCUGCGCGCGCAGAUCGCCCGCAUCUCGGCCGGCACGCAGAUCAGCCCGCUCGGCUUCUACCAGUUCGGAGAGGAGGAGGGCGACGAAGAGGAGGAGGGCGGCGCCGGGCGCGACUCCUACGAGGAGAACCCCGACUUCGAGGGCAUCCCCGUGGCGGAGCUCGUGGACUCCCUGGCCAACUGGGUGCAUCACACCCAGCACAUCCUGCCCCAGGGUCGCUGCACCUGGGUGAAUCCCAACCAGAAGACGGAGGAGGAGGAGGAACUGGGGGAGGAAGAGGAGAAGGCAGAUGAGCCGGAGGAGGUGGAACAGGAAAUCGGACCCCCCCUCCUGACCCCGCUCUCCGAAGAUGCAGAAAUCAUGCAGUUGGCUCCAUGGACAGCCCGCCUCUCUUGCAACAUCUGCCCUCAGUACUCUGUGGCAGUGAUUAGAUCCAAUCUGUGGCCUGGGGCUUAUGCUUAUGCCAUUGGCAGGAAGUUUGAGAACAUCUAUAUUGGUUGGGGCCACAAAUACAGCCAGGAAAACUUCAACCCAGCUCUGCCACCAGCAGUGCAGCUGGAGUACGUCAGUGGGGCUGAGACCAUGGAGAUAGCCGACCCCACAGUGGAAGAGGAAGCGGCCCUGAAGGCUGCCCAGGAGCAGGCCCUGGCCGCUGCUGAGGAGGAGGAGGAGGAAGAAGAUGAGGAGGAUGACGAAGUUGAUGACUGAGGGGGGGAACUGCAAUGGAUCAGGAUUUCUUACCUUGUGAAUAUUUCUUUCUAUA